AUGGGCUCGUCACAGGAGGAUUAUGGGCUUCCGGACUUCAACAGGAGAUUCAUUGAAGACAAGGAGCUCGAGCAGUUCGAGAACGCCCUCAGCGCUCCAGAAGCCGCACCUCUCGUUGCGAUCAACGAUUGGCGCCCCAUACACCAGAGAGUGCGGAAACUGGGAUCGCGUCGCAAGGCAGCCAACAGGACAGUCGACGAAACGAGGGAAGGAUAUUUGUACGUGCUUCUAAAAUGGCCACUGCUCUCGAUCGUCUUGGGUUGGAUUUCGGUUCUCAGUGCCCUCUACGUUCUCACUCGGCUAUACAUUUACCUUUAUGAACAUUUCGUUACUUGGAGAGGAAGGAGACAAACUCUGAGAAGGCAUAUGGGAGCCGCAAACAACUAUAGACAAUGGAAGGAGGCCGCUAAGAAGCUGGAUGCUUAUCUGGGUAAUGACAGAUGGAAAGAAGUGGACGAAUAUGCAUAUUAUGACCAUGGAACAGUCAAAAGGGUCAAAAGACAACUGGAGACACUAAGAGAAAAGGUGGAGCAAACACAAACCAGUGAAGGUGAUCGUGCCAAACUCUGCUCAUUGCUGGAAGACCUCCGUGUGUUGCUCGAAGGGUGCGUCAAGAAUAAUUUCGCUGGGGUUGAGAAUCCACGCCUAUACAGCGAGACAUACAUUGGAACCAAGCGGUUGGUUCAAGAAUUCAUUGAUGAAGUACAUACCUCAUUGCGGCUUAUCCUUACAAGCAAAGAUGUCCCUAAUACAACCAAGGAAGUGUUUUUCAAGCAACUGGAAACUAAUUACGGUCGCACGGCGUUGUGUCUUUCUGGGGGAGCUACAUUUUCAUACUAUCAUUUUGGGGUUGUCAAGGCUCUCCUUGAUAAUGGAGUACUCCCUGAUAUCAUUUCGGGAACUUCUGGAGGUGCCCUUGUAGCCGCGCUGGUAGCCACGAGAACAAACGAGGAGCUCAAAAAACUCCUCGUUCCAGAGCUGGCCCAUAAAAUUAAGGCAUGCGAAGACUCAUUUCAAAUUUGGAUACGGCGAUGGUGGCGAACGGGAGCUAGGUUUGACACCCUCGACUGGGCAGAAAAAUGCAGCUGGUUCUGCAGGGGCUCCACCACAUUCUUGGAGGCGUAUCAGCGAACCGGACGAAUUCUAAACGUCUCUUGCGUUCCGUCAGAUCCCCACUCUCCUACAAUUCUGGCAAACUAUCUCACAUCGCCCCAUUGUGUUAUAUGGAGCGCAGUCAUUGCCUCCGCAGCUGUUCCUGGGAUACUCAAUCCUGUCGUGUUGAUGAUGAAGAAGCCUGAUGGGACACUUGCCCCUUACUCUUUUGGUCAUAAGUGGAAGGACGGUAGUUUGCGAACUGAUAUACCGUUGAAGGCACUGGAUAUCCAUUUCAAUGCCAACUUUCCGAUUGUAUCUCAAGUUAAUCCCCACAUAAGUUUAUUCUUUUUCAGCUCCAGGGGUAGCGUCGGUCGUCCUGUUACCCAUCGCAAAGGUCGCGGUUGGCGCGGGGGUUUCCUCGGGUCGGCCACAGAACAAUAUAUUAAAUUGGACUUGAACAAAUGGCUCAAGGUCCUCAGACAUCUUGAACUUCUUCCUCGACCACUAGGUCAGGAUUGGAGUGAAAUAUGGCUGCAACGGUUCAGUGGGAUUGUUACGAUUUGGCCGAAAUCGACACUCUCCGAUUUGUAUAACAUCUUGACUGACCCUACGCCUGAGCGAUUAUCCCGUAUGAUAAAUGAAGGGCAAAAUAGCACCUUCCCGAAGAUUCAAUUUAUCAAGAACAGGAUGAAGCUGGAGAAGGUGGUCGCCGCGGCGCUGAAGCGGGAUGGACGUGUUUCUGCUCGCCAGCUUAAUACACCUUUGCCCCCCGAAAUUGACCCAUCCGCCAACGAUGGUGAAUUAGAUCAGUAUGAUGUCCAAUAUGCGCAGCGAGACCUGGAUAGGCGAUCCCAGGAUCGGGUUGACGGUACGAAUAACCCACGAAUUCCAGACUUGGACAAUCGACCACAUUUAAGACACCGCAACAGCGUUCUUGAAGAAAUUCGACGGCAGUCAGCUGUCUUCUUUGAUGAUGUUGAUGAGACUGGCCUGAGUGAGGAUGAGCAGUUGUCAUCAACCCGAGAAAGACCGACGAGAGUUGGGUGA